UUUCAGAGAAGAUCUGUCAGAAGUGAAGGAAGUAGAAAAAAGGACUCGGGAGAUAUCUCUCCGUGCCCGGAGGGGGAGGUUAUAAAAUCCAAACAGCAAGGAGGGGGGGGUGGGAAGAGAGAAUAAAGGAAGCAGCAGUUGCAUCUCCCCCACCCCUCCCCCUCAGCCCCUCUCCUCAGCCCAGCCCAAAUUUCAGAGGGGGCAAAAGAAAAAGCAGAUCUCAGCCCUAACCCAGGCGCAGAGGAGGAGGAUCGCUCUCGGUUCCGCUUUCUCUCCAGCCUAGCAAGGAGAUUCGAGAAAAGAAGGAGCCAAGGGGCUUAGGGAAGAGCAGUGAGACCGCCGGGCAAAAGUCUCUCUGUGUUGCACCCUGUCAAGGCCCGUGCGUGCCUUUCUCCCUCUCUCUCUGUGUAUGUGUGUGUGCAUCUGUGCGCGCGUGUCUGUCUGUGUACGUCUCCGCUCCGGAUCAGGAUGUUGUUCCCCAAAGUUUGGUGGCUGCUGCUGCUGCUCCCGGAGUUGCUCCUACUGGUCCCGGCACAGAAGUUCUCCGCUCUCACGUUUUUGAGAGUGGAUCAAGAUAAAGAUAAAGAGUGUAGCCUUGAUUGUGCAGGAUCCCCUCAGAAAUCACUCUGUGCUUCUGAUGGAAGGACUUUCUUAUCCCGAUGUGAAUUUCAACGAGCCAAAUGCAAAGAUCCUCAGCUGGAAAUUGCUUAUCGAGGAAAUUGCAAAGAUGUAUCAAGAUGUGUGGCAGAAAGAAAGUAUACCCAGGAACAAGCACGGAAGGAAUUUCAACAAGUUUUCAUUCCAGAAUGCAAUGAUGAUGGGACAUACAGUCAGGUACAAUGUCACAGUUACACAGGAUAUUGUUGGUGUGUUACUCCCAAUGGACGGCCAAUCAGUGGCACUGCAGUAGCUCAUAAAACACCCCGUUGUCCAGGUUCUAUUACUGAAAAAUUGCCUCAACGAGAGGGCACAGGGAAAACAGUCUCCUUGCAAAUCUUUUCCAUUCUGAAUUCAGAUGAUGCCUCAGCUCCUGCAUUGGAGACUCAGCCUCAAGGUGAUGAAGAGGAUAUUGCUUCUCGUUAUCCUACAUUGUGGACUGAACAAGUCAAGAGUCGACAGAACAAAACCAAUAAGAAUUCAGCAUCAUCAUGUGAUCAAGAACACCAGUCUGCAUUAGAAGAAGCCAAACAGCCUAAAAAUGAUAAUGUGGUUAUUCCUGAGUGUGCUCAUGGUGGUCUCUACAAACCUGUGCAGUGUCAUCCCUCCACAGGAUAUUGUUGGUGUGUCCUAGUAGACACAGGACGCCCCAUUCCUGGUACUUCCACAAGGUAUGAACAGCCGAAAUGUGAUAACACAGCCAGGGCUCACCCAACCAAAACAAAGGAUUUGUACAAGGGCCGCCAGCUCCAAGGUUGUCCUGGGGCCAAGAAGAAUGAAUUCCUGACCAGUGUUCUGGAUGCUUUGUCCACUGAUAUGGUACAUGCUGUUUCUGAUCCCUCUUCCUCAUCAAGCAGACUUUCAGAACCUGAUCCCAGUCAUACUCUAGAAGAGAGAGUGGUCCAUUGGUAUUUCAAGUUACUUGAUAAGAACUCUAGUGGUGACAUCGGCAAGAAGGAAAUCAAACCCUUUAAAAGAUUCCUUCGAAAAAAGUCCAAACCCAAGAAGUGUGUUAAGAAAUUUGUUGAGUAUUGUGAUGUGAAUAAUGAUAAAUCCAUCUCUGUUCAAGAAUUAAUGGGCUGCCUUGGUGUUACAAAAGAAGAAGCUCCUAAAGUCAAUUCUGAAAGUACUUCUAACAGGCAGCCAAAGAAGCAAGGAUGAAUGGCUAUCAUAGCAAGGCAGAACUUCGACAUGUGGGAGAUUCCCUCACCAAAAGGCAAUUAAGAAAAAAAACAACAACCAUAGUAUUUGCACUUUGUACUUUAAAUGUAAAUUCACUUUGUAGAAAUGAGAUAUUUAUGCAGACUUUUAAUCUGUGAAAAUGGAAUGGCUAGUUUCAAAAAAUUAAUCACAUACAAUGUAUGUGUCUUCUUUUGACCUUUGAAAUCUGUACUUGGUGGAGAUGUAUUAAGUUUGCAUUUGAACUUUUUUUUUUAAUUUUAAAGCAUUUUUCUGCAAACAUCAAUGUAGUAGAUACCAUCUUAUUAUAGUAGGUUAUUUUGGUUCUAAUACCAUGCCUCUUUUCCUAACCAGUACAGUCAUUUAACAUAGUUAUGCUGACAAUUUGCUUUAUUGAAAUCUACUGUACUCAUAAUAUUCUUGAAUCAGUGUUGGAAGCUUUAGGUUUCCAAAGAAAGUUUGUAAAAUACCGCUGACUCAGCUUUGCAGUUAUUAAGAAUGAAUUUGUAGCAUAGAGAAGGAUUUAUGUUUUGUUUUGCUUUCCAGAGAUCAUGCUCAUGCAGUGAGCUAUGCAACCACUACAGGAUUCAAACAACUACAUUUAGUACUCUUGUAGGAAAAUAGAUUUUUCUAAACAUUUGCUAUGCACCUUCCAUUGUAAUCAUUUGCUUAAGUUUUGCCUUUGGCUCCAAUUAGUCAUGCAGCAAACUGAGAGAGAGUGAGGUGAAUUGGAGUGUCACUCAGAGUUGUUCCUGCCAAACCCUAGAGCAUGUUCCUACUGCUGUCAGGACUAGGCAGUAAAGAGGUAGAUUUAUUCAGGAUAGUAAAUCUAAUUAUGGAGAGACAAGGCAGGCUAAACAUGCUUGUCUGUCUUGAUUUUUCCUUACACCUGGCAGACCCUCUUCUACCUGAGGCUGCCCUCAGGUCCACUGGAAGGUAAAGCUAUCACCUGAAUAAAUGGUGAACAGUUGCCUCCAUGAGACAUGGCCAGUCAAUGCUUUAGCUAUUGGCCUUGGAAGUCAAGGAAUUCUGAUAGGCUGACUUCCCCUCUCAUACUUCCAAAAAUGCCUCCAGAAAGGAAGAAUUUGCAGGUGAGCUAAGAAUUUUGUGUCUGAUGGGACCCUGAGAGAAAAGAUUCUAGAGUUGAAUACCUAUAGAAUGUAUGUAGCAGAAAUGUCAAACAUCUAUUGGCAUCUCCAAAGCUGGCAGGAGGUUUGGAGGAAAUUUUGCUGCAUUCCAAAAACAUGAAUUUGGGGCAUGACAUGCAAGAAAUGAAUAAUAGUUAGUUGUGAUGCUGUCUAGGCUUGGACUUCUGGUUGGGAAAAAUCUUUAUGGCAAAUCAAAUACUCAUGGAAAAGAACUUGUAUGAAUAUAUUUAAAAUUUGCAAAAAAAUGGAUUGUAAACAUUGGAACAACAGUAAAAAGUACAAAUGUGUUUCAUCUUUGUUUAAAGAAAGGGUUUAAUCCAAAAUUUAUUUGGUAAUCUUUCAUAUUGUUAAACUUUGAAUUUAAUCUUCUUUUUAGAUUAAAACACAAUAUGCUAUCAA